AAACGACGCAUGCGCAGCUUGUAGUCUGCUUCUCAGUGCCAUAGCAACCAGAGCAGAUAUCAAGCAUCAACAUGGCAAAAGCAACAACAGUGAAAGACGCACUGGCCAAAUGGGAGGAGAAGUCUGGAGAGAAAGGGAGCGAGGCCACGGCCAUAAAGCUUUACGCUCAGGUUCCUCCGAUAGAGAAAAUGGAUUCUGCGCUCUCCACGCUCACUAAAUGCGAAAAACUGUCACUGUCCACGAACUGCAUCGAGAAAAUAACCAAUCUGAACGGCAUGAAGAACUUGAGGAUAUUGUCAUUAGGAAGAAAUAACAUAAAGCUUCUUACUGGUCUGGAGGCGGUAGGGGACACACUAGAGGAGCUUUGGAUCUCUUAUAACUUGAUAGAGAAACUGAGGGGACUCCACCACAUGAAGAAACUCAAAGUCCUCUACAUCUCCAACAACCUGGUCAAAGAUUGGGGAGAGUUCAUGAAGCUGGCUGAAAUGCCGUGCCUCGUAGACCUGGUGUUUGUUGGAAAUCCUCUGGAGGAGAAGUAUUCAGCCGAGGGAACCUGGAUGGACGAAGCCUCUAAAAGACUCCCGAAUCUGAAGAAACUUGAUGGAACCCCGGUCAUCAAAGAGGAGGAGGAUGAAGCAGAGGGAGACAACUGAGGAUCCUGCUGAUCUGUCAGAAAUCAAACCUCCUCCCUGAGAGUCUUCCUUUUUAAAGUUUUGUACGGUUUGUUGUGGUGCUUUUCUCUGUAAGAGGGGAUUCUGAGCAGCUUAGACUGCACGUCCAAGCACAAAACAAGCACAGUGAACAUGAAUGUGUUGGAGUUA